CUGAAUCUUGGGGGCACUUCACUAUACCAGUGUUAUAGGCUUUCAGAGCAUUUGAAUAAUCUUUCCUAGCAAAAUAAGCAUUUCCUUUUGUUUUCUGUUCCUGAGCCUCAUUAAGAUCUUUACCAUUUUUUUGCUUCAAUAUUACGGGAAGUUUCAGUGUGGAUGAGUACAAGAGUUGGAUUCUGGAUUGCUCAUCGUUAGCUGCUUCAAAUUGUCCAACAAGUUCGGCUGUCAAAUCACCGAUUGCUUCUUCACAAUACUUUUGAAAUAGCAUGCAAUCAUUGUUGCUGUUUAGAAGAACGCUCAUCUUGAAAUGUUCUAUUUAUAUAAAAUUGUAUGUAUUUUCUCUUUGAAUCUCGACCUAAUGAGAUAUUUAUAGAACUAUUCGAAAAGUUAUUUCGGGUAUACAAACUGUAGACUCCCAAUAUUUCACUGGUGCAUUCUUAAUCCCUUCAAUACCUAUCCCAACAUCAGAAACUAGUACAAAAAAUUCGAAUGCCAAAUAUUUAUUUAAGUGAAAGGACUGAUAAGCUUAUAGUGACAUAGAAACAUAGAUUAAUUAAUCUUUUGUAUCCAUUAAAAUGAUGUAGUUAUUAGUGUUGGGCUGUUUGUCUAUCGAAAAUGAACCGCUUCAAUAUAAUUUUGGGGUCAAUUUUCUCAAAAAUGCAAAUAGCAAUGGAGAAUCAAAAAUUUAACCAAAAUUUGAAACACAGGAAAAUCCAUUCCGACUUGAAGAGAAUGAGAGAAGGAGAACAAGAAUUCGAAGAUGAAUCUAAUGACUUAUCAUCAGACACCUGUGUUUUACUCAACCAAGGGCAAUAUUCCCUCAAGACUGAUAUAAUUGAACAACGGGAACCGGUAUGGGCGACUGCCAUACAGUUAUUCAUCCCAUUCCUGUUGGCAGGCUUUGGAAUGGUGGCUGCAAGUCUUUUGCUGGACAAGGUCCAGCAUUGGCCAGUAUACCAAAAUGUCUCAGAAGUUUACAUACUUGUUCCUGCACUCCUAGGUUUGAAGGGAAACUUGGAGAUGACUUUAGCUUCCAGACUAUCCACACAUGCUAAUUUGGGGAAUUUGGACAGCCCCCAACAGAAACUCAGUCUCAUUACUGGAAAUCUUGCCUUAAUCUUGUGCCAAGCCAUUGUAGUUGGUUUUUUAGCCUCUCUAGCAGCUGUGAUUUUUGGCUGGGUACCCACAGGGGUAAUUAAUAUCCAGCAUGCCCUGUUAUUGUGUGCAAGCAGUAUAGUUACAGCCUUUGGGGCUAGUUUUAUUCUUGGAUUAGUCAUGGUAGGAGUAAUAAUGUUUUCCAGAUACCUCCAUAUCAACCCAGAUAAUGUUGCUACUCCAAUAGCAGCUAGCUUAGGUGAUCUCACUACUCUGGCUUGCUUAUCAUGGCUGGCUUCUGUUUUCUAUAAUACAAUGGAGAGUCACCAGUACUUAACAUGCAGCUUGAUAGUGUUUGGAUUGCUGUUGGUGCCUGUGUGGGCUUGGAUAGCUAGUCAGAAUGAGUAUACACAUGAGGUACUUUUCAGUGGCUGGACCCCUGUCAUCACUGCUAUGAUAAUCAGUAGCAUAGGAGGGCUGGUCUUGGAUUUCACUGUUUCUCAGUUCAAGGGGGUAGCAGUAUUUCAACUAGUCAUCAAUGGAGUUGGGGGAAACCUUGUAGCAGUACAAGCUAGUCGUAUUUCAACAGAACUUCAUACUUUUGGCCAGCCUGGCCGAUUGCCUCCUCACAUGCAGGUAUGCAUGAGUCCCUGUUCAGCUUUUUGUGAUAAAAAAGAAACCAGUCAUGCAGGGACUGCCCAGAUGCUGAUGCUUAUGGUUAUCCCUGGUCAUCUCAUCUUCUCUUACACUAUAAGUUAUCUGCAAGCUGGUCACACAUCAUUCACUUUCAUUUUUAUGAUAAUUUAUUUGUGUGCUGCACUUUUGCAAGUAUUUUUGCUACUUUAUAUUGCACAAAUUAUGACUUUGAGUAUGUGGAAGAGGGAAAUAGAUCCUGAUAACUCAGCUAUCCCAUAUUUGACAGCUCUAGGAGACUUGCUUGGAACUUUGCUUCUGGGAAUUGCUUUUCAGAUACUUUUUGUUAUUGGAGAUAGAGAUAGUGAUGUUGGGGACUAGCAUUAUAUUUUAUUAUAUUUGAGGCUGCCCUACUGUUUGCCAUACUGGGGCCAUGAUAUACUUAUUGAAUAUUAUUGUGAUCUGUGUACUUCUAAAUUGUACAAAAGUGUUACUGAAUACAAAGAAUAUAUUUUAGAAUAUGAGCUACUGUAAAUAACCAUUAUUGAAAAUAAUAAUGUUUCAUUAAGAUCAGAAUUGCUUUAUUUAUGAAGCAAAAG